GGUUUUGUUGGCUUAAGAGAGAGAAGUUUCCCGUCUGCACAGAACUGUCUAAAAUACUCUGUGUAGGAGGGGCUACAGAGUUAUAUAAUCUCAAGGCAGAACAGCAGAGCGCUUAGAGUGAGUUACACUGUGCACAAGGUCCUAGGAAAUCAGGCAGUGGAAACAUGUCUGGAAAACCCAGGCUGCACUACUUCAAUGGACGGGGCCGAAUGGAACCAAUUCGGUGGCUUCUGGCAGCAGCUGGGGUUGAGUUUGAAGAAACUUAUAUGGAAACAAAGGAGGAUCUGACAAAAUUACAGAAGGAUGGAUCCCUGCUCUUUCAGCAAGUGCCAAUGGUGGAGAUCGAUGGGAUGAAGAUGGUGCAGACCAGAGCCAUCCUGAACUACAUCGCAACGAAGCACAACCUCUAUGGGAAGGACCUGAAGGAGAGAGCCCUAAUCGACAUGUAUGUGGAAGGAAUGUUCGAUCUGAACGAAUUAUUCGUUAUGUAUGAAAUUACACCACCAGACAAAAGAGGUCAACAAAUUGCAAAUAUCAUGGAUAAGGCAGAAAACAGAUACUUCCCAGUCUUUGAGAAGGUUUUGAAAGACCAUGGGAAAGACUUUCUGGUUGGCAACCAGCUCAGCAAGGCAGAUGUUCAGCUACUUGAAAUCAUUUUAAUGGUAGAAGAGUGGAAGCCUGAUAUACUUGCCAAAUUUCCUCUCUUGCAGAGCUUCAAAGCAAGAAUAAGCAAUAUUCCCACAAUAAAGAAAUUCCUACAGCCUGGCAGCCAGAGGAAACCACGACCAGAUGAUGAUCUUAUGGACAAAGUGAUGAGAAUUUUCUUCUGAGCAGCAUCCUAAUGCCUCAGAAACUCUGUUACAUCGUAUUUGCAGAUAUUUGCAAAGUGAAACUCAUGAAAAAAGUGGCAAUGUCAAAUUAUUAGAAGGAGUGAAAAAAAAGGGUUUGAUCUCUCUUUCCUAGUACAGGAGUGGUUUUAGCCUACUGCAAACACUUCAAGGUAAAGCUACAUGAGCCUACCAGCAAAGGAAAUAGUUCACUGAUCAGGGGUAUAUUGGAUAACACACGAUGCCUUAAAUAACUAAAGAGAAUACCUGAAAUAAAGUCUCACUAUUGAUAUUCAAA